GGCGACGCUCCCAGCAUGCCUUUCGCGCCGCCUAGCGGGGUGAUGUCUGGCCUGGGCGCGGAGGUGGCGGCGGGGCUGGCGAAGGCGGGGGCCGGAGGGCCUCGCCCCCGGAGGAAGCUCCUCACGGCGGAAGAGGCAGAACUGUUCGAGCUGGCGCAGGCGGCGGGGAGCGGCCUCGACCCGGAAGUGUUCAAGAUUCUGCUGGACCUUUUGCGCAUGAAUGUGGCACCCUUGGCUGUUUUCCAGAUGCUGCGCUCCAUGUGUGCUGGGCAGAGGCCUGUCAGUGCUGAGGCUGCUCCUGAACCAGCGCGAGAGCCCCCAUUUGUCUCUGCCAAGACCAGUAAAAUCCCUGCACCACUCUCACUUUCCUCUGCCCUUCGACCUCCAAGAAUAAGAGUUACUAAGGCUGUGGUCUACAGUCCUGCUGCAGCUUGCUCGCCUCUCUCUCAAGGUCCCCCUGGCUCUUUCCAGUUUUCUUGCUGCCUGUUCUCUCCUUUUGCAGGGAGAACAAGAACCAGCUCUGCAGCAACCGGGAACCAAGCUCUGCUAGAUCCCAGCAACCGCGAAGGCUCUGCUCAGCGAGUCCCUCGGCAGCCAAGUGGCAGCAGGCUGCAGAAGGCUGGGUGUCCCGUGAAGAGUACAUAAAUGCUUGAAAGAUUGGGGGUUCCAGUAUUACGGUGAAAUUGCAAUGUAGUGAAUGCACCUAGUCAAGAUGGAUUUCUAAUGUUCCAAAAUGUCACAUAUAGUUCCUAUCAAGAAAACAAGUACCAAGGGAUGAGAUGAAGGUUGGUUUCAUCAUGGUUGGGCUGGUUUUCAAAUUCAAAAGGUGGUCAUAGCUGAUGAUACUCCCUGUUACUCCCUGUUACAGGUGUGUGUCCUUUCAUAAAGACUUUGUUGGUGCCUCUCUCAUUUAUUUGUUUUCCUUUUGGGGAAUUUAGCAAUUAAAGAAAAGCAUACCAAC